AAAGCUGUCAGAAUAGACAGAAUAGACUUACGAAUAUCAUAAAUCCAUUUGACCGGGUCGACCCAAGUUUUAAAAUUCUUCCAACUGUUGGAAUAAAUCGAAACAAAAUUGCAAUAUGUCGAUCCGCAACAUAAAUGUGUCUACAUACGGUGAUGAGGAAGACGACAGCCCGACUACGGAUAGCGAGGGGAGCAUGGAGAGCGUGCGGAGCGAGUGGAGCGAGGGGAGCAACUGGAGCGAGGGGAGCGACUGGAGCGAGGGGAGCGACUCAGAGGAAGAAGAGGAGAUGCCGCCGCCAGCCGAUUCGAACGGGUGGGACCUUCUCCUGCUGGGCACAGUGGGGCUGCUGUUCCUGGUCCGCUUCUGGCACAAGGACUACCUCCAGUACUUUGUGGCGUCCAUUAAGCCGACAGGGCCCGCCCUAUCGGGAUCUGCCUGGCCGUUGUUCACGGGACUCAUGUGGUUCACUUCGGCGGUCCUCUACAGGCUCCUCCUGAUGCGGGCCAGAGUAUCCGAGUGGGAGCGUUGUCACGGGCAGCGCCAGCGUCGAUUGGAAAAGCCAGAGCGGCGCUUUAUGCGGCAGUUACGGCGGAGUAGCCCCCGCUGAAUUCCACAUUGGCCCCACCGAUCCCUCCUCCUGGCGAUACUCUGUGAUUCGUAUUAAAUAAAGAAGCGACGCCAUAACGGA